UUCAUGAUGGAGGAGUCUACUCCUCUCAGUCAGGCACAGGUGUCUGGCCGGCGGUUAGGAAAGAAAAGUCUAGACAGCGCACAGGGUGAUGACAGAGCAAAGGGAGUCACUGGUGGAUGAUUUUAGUUAUCAAACCGCUAAGACUUAUGAGAAAAGAGGAUUAAUCAUAAAGGGCGUAAGGUUGGAUCUGAAAGAUGUGGGGAGAGAGUUUGACCCCUCAGGAUCUCAGUCAACCCCUAUGACCUCAGAGGGGUGUGGCAUCCAGGCAUCAUCUUUCUUUCAUUCACUCUCCUAACCCCACAUGCAUGCUUAAAAGAGACUCAGAGACAGGCACUAGCUUCCAGUCGUGGUUGGGUGAGUCAUUCAUCCAGGGUAGAAGUGAGAUCUCUCACCAGUAAAAAAGAGAUUGAACUGAGGAAGCAAGUUCAACUUUUGAGAAAGAGGAGGCUGAAGAAAACAAGACAGAUAUGCCAAAGAACGUGGUGCUGGAUGGGCCAGCCCCUUGGGGAUUUCGGCUUUCAGGAGGCAAAGAUUUUAACCAGCCGCUGACCAUAACUCGGGUGACACCAGGCAGUAAGGCAUCUCGGGUCAACCUGUGUCCAGGAGACAUCAUCCUGGCCAUCCAGGGAGCGUCCACUGACAGUAUGACUCACGCUGAGGCUCAGAACAAGAUCAAAGCCUCCAACAAUCAGCUUUUCCUCAAGAUAGAGAGGCCAGAAACUAAAUUGUGGUCACCUCUGGUUAUAGAAGAAGGGAAAGUGAACCCAUUCAAAAUCAAUUUGGAGGCAAAGAAGCAAGAGUGUAAACCUAUUGGCACAGGUCACAACAGAAGAGCACAGCCUUUUGUGGCUGCCGCCAGUCUGGAUGACAAAACGCAGGUGGUGAGCUCCACCUACAACACUCCCAUAGGACUCUACUCUCAAGAUAACAUCCAGGAUGCCCUGAAAGGACAGAUCCGGGGACUGGUGCAUGAAAAGCCUGAGGGCCCUAAAUCCCUGAAGUCUAUUGAAGACUCUCAUGUGUACCGUAUGCUCCAGGAGAACCAAGAGCAGCCACAUCAACCACGUCAGUCUGGAUCUUUCAAGGCCCUGCAAGACUAUGUGGAGAGUGAUGGCACAAGGCCCAUGGUGACUAGAAGUGUAAAAGCCCCAGUGACAAAAACCCAAGCCAGCACAUCCUCACUGCAGAAGCUGCCUCUCUGUGAUAAAUGUGGCACUGGCAUUGUUGGACCGGUGGUGAAAGCUCGGGACAAGUACCGCCAUCCAGCCUGUUUCGUGUGCUCAGACUGUGGCUUGAAUUUGAAGCAGAAGGGCUACUUUUACGUGGAGGGACAGAUGUACUGUGAAGCCCAUGCUCGAAUGCGAAUGAACCCACCUAAGGGACAUGAUCUAGUUACUGUAUAUCCUACUGCUUAGAGGGAUGGACAGUCGAAAUUAGACCACUUAUAUUGUUUGCGUUUAUUGCUUCUUGAUAUUCCAUUAUUAAUUUCUUCAUUUUAGUUUAUAAAGGGAAAUACAAUGCCAAUUUAAAGUCAUAAACACCUGGUAUUAACACAUUUUUAGUGAUCGAAUCAUUACUACAUUACUGUUUACACCUGGUUUUUAGCAUGCAUUAGGCAUUGCUUCACUGUGGUUCAGGAUGAAUUGAUUUAAAUGCAAUGGUCGCGUGUUUCUGACUACCCCAGUAUGGUUCACUGAUACAAUUUCAAAACAUUUUAAAACACACAAAGCACUCUGAGCACUGAAAACUUGUGAUCUGAUCAUAAAAAAAUGGAUGUUAAUGCCAGUUGUAAAAGGGAUUUAUAAUCUCAAAACUCUUUCUUAAGGCCUUUAUCUAGUUCUUGUUGCAAAGUUGUUCGUCAACUCAUUUCUCAGAUAUUAGCCUUCUGUACAGAGAAAAUCCUACAUUUAGACACAAACUAAUCCCUUUAGGUUUCAGUUAUUCUCAAAAUAUGAAAGAAGGGGAAUUUUGUUCUUAAUAUAAUUUAAAUAUGCCAUCUUCUAUGAAUUGUACAAAGUAUUUGGUAAUACUUUGCAAUCGAUGCAAUCGGUUUCCCAGUACAAUAUUUUUUUUUCUUUUU